AUGAGAAAUCUGAUGGGGCAGCAGGCCCAGAAUCAAGCCGCCGCCACUACCGCCAUGGCUCAAGUUGCCGCUACUACUGCCGUUGCCGCUGCUGCUAAGGUCUCCGCCGUUGUUGCACUUGUUGAAGUUCCAACUGGGAACAUAGUUGUGGAGAGGGAGAGACCGAUUCACAUGUUGGUAAAGCAAUUCUUGAAGUUGAACCCGCCGAGGUUCAUUGGUACUGGAGAUCCUGAGACUGCCUCACUAUGGAUUCAAGGCUUGGAAAAGGCCCUAGCACUGCUGAUGUGCACUGAGGCAAAAAAGGUUAUCCUGGAUGUCUGGGUCUUGAACCCGAAAGCCUUAGGAAGCCAGCCUCAAGAAGUCUUGGUCAAGCCGAGAUGCCCUGGUCGAGCCAGGAAACCUAACAAGAAGCUAGAAGCUUUGGUCGAGCUGGGAGGGCCUAGUCGAGUCAAGACGACGGUAAAUGAACUUGCAUCAAUGCUGGCAUGGAAGUCUCUCGUCAAUUUUGGAGCUGCAGUCAUGCUAGGGGAGAUAGGAUUUCCCUUGGCUUAUGUGGAAAACUUCGCUCUUCUUCAACCUCUUCCAAUGAAUGGUUCGAUCUUCGCAUGGCUUUUUCUUGCCAUAUCCAUGAUCUCCAUCUGCUCCAACGAUGCUAGGGCUUCAGAUUCAGCCCAAUGUCUUAGCGUGGACCAAAGAUCGCUCUUGCUUGAGCUAAGAAACAGCCUCGUCUUCGUUCCCUCCAAGUCUUCCAAGCUGGUACGAUGGGAUCGAACUGCUGGAUCAUGGAGCGGCGUGACGUGCGAGGACGGCCUUGUCGUCAGUCUUGAUUUGAGCACGAGUCGAUCUCUGGAGGAAUCAACAAUUCCUCGAAUUCCAGUGGAACUAUCGCGCCUGACCAAGCUGCGUACUCUUGAUUUCACUGGUAAUGAUGAUGACCCUUUUGCUAGUCCCCUGAGACUUGAGAAGCCCUCUUUGAGAUCGCUGAUUGGGGACAUGGGAGAGUUGAGAGAGCUAUACCUUGAUGGGGUUAUUGUGUUUGCUGAGGCUAGUGAAUGGUGCGACACGUUGUCUUCUUCAGUUCCGAAACUUGAGGUGUUGAGCAUGUCGGACUGUCUUCUGUCUGAUCCUAUUAACGUUUCUCUUAUGAGUCUUGCUAAUCUGUCGGUCAUUCAACUCGAUGGCAAUGUCAAUUCGUUCACCACAGUUCCUAGCUUCUUAGCGAAUUUUUCCAGCUUGAAAACAUUGAGCCUACGGAGGCUUCCAGAUUCCAUCGGUAAUCUCAACAAAUUGUCAAGAUUAGAUCUAUCUGAUUGCGGAUUGAGUGGAUCGAUCCCUGGCUCCAUGGAGAACCUGUCAAAGCUGACUUAUUUGGACUUGUCUUCUAAUAAUCUUACUGGUUCCGUUCCGCCAUAUGGUGCAUCCAGAAAUCUGACCCACAUAAUAUUAGCUGAAAAUGCUUUAGCGGGUCAGAUCGUCUCCGUUGGCUGGGAAGACCUUCUGAAUCUUGAAAUUCUGGACCUGUGUAACAAUUCAUUGGAAGGUGACAUUCCCCCAACUUUGUUUACACUUCCCCGACUUAAAAUGAUACUACUUUCAAACAAUAGAUUUAAUGGUGAGCUUAUCAUAUAUCCGAAUGUCUCUUUGUAUCAACUGGGCACGCUUGAUUUGGGUAGCAACCUCUUACGAGGGUCAAUACCAGCAUCCAUAUUUGAAUUGCAAGGGCUUACAUACCUCUCACUUUCUUCCAAUAAUUUCAGUGGCUCAAUGAAUAUUAAUGUACUUCAGGGAUCUGGAAAUUUAACUUAUAUGGAUCUAUCUUACAAUGGCUUGUUCAUUAAUACUUUGGCGUCUGAUUCUACUGCUGCAUCCUCUUUCCCUAAAUUUAAUACGUUAAAGUUGGCUUCGUGCCAGUUGCGGACAUUGCCUCGAUUUUUGGCUAACCAGUCCAAAUUGGUCUCCCUCGAGUUCUCCGAAAAUUAUAUUCAAGGGGAGAUACCGCCAUGGAUAUGGACGCUGGAAAAUCUUUCGCAUCUCAAUCUCUCCUCUAAUUUCUUUGAAGAUUUGGAAACACCUUGGCUCAAUAUUACCAUGUCUGUCGUCGACCUCCAUUCAAACAAGCUGCGGGGGAAUAUGCCAUCCUUGCGGUUGUUAUAUCGUCACUACCUUGAUUCUAAUCUUCCGGUUGGCAGACCAGAAUCCUCGAUGACGUUCUUCUCCCUCUCGAAGAAUAAUUUCCAUGGGUCCAUCCCGGAGUCAAUUUGCAUCGCUCGUUAUCUAGACGUGCUUGACUUGUCACAUAACCAUCUGGAUGGAUCUAUUCCUGAAUGUUUAAUGGCGGGGUCCAUCAAUGUAUUGAAUCUGAGAAAUAACCAAUUGAAUGGCAGUAUUCCGCAGUUCAUCUCGCCAGCAUGCACUAUAAAGACAUUGGAUGUCAGUGAGAAUCUGUUGGAAGGGGAAAUUCCGUUGUCAUUAGUAAAUUGCACACAAUUGGAGAUUGUGAAUAUCGGGGACAAUCAAAUAUAUGGAACAUUUCCAUGCCAUUUGAAGGCUAUAUCAAAUCUCCGUGUCCUUGUUUUACGAUCCAACAAAUUUCAUGGGGAAAUUGAAUGUCUGUGUAGUCCCUACACCUGGCAAAUGCUUCAAAUCAUUGACCUGUCUUCAAACAAUUUUAGUGGAAUUUUGCCUGCUAGUCUCCUCGCAUCUUGGGAGGCUAUGAAAGCCAAUGUGGACUUCGAUCACCUAAAGUAUCAACCUGAGGGAGGUAGUGGGAUCUAUUAUCAAGAUACAAUGAGUGUAACUGUGAAAGGUCAGAAGCUAGAACUUGUCAAGAUCCUAACUUUUUUCACGUCGAUCGACUUCUCGGGCAAUAGAUUGGACGGUCCAAUACCAGACACACUUGGAGAUCUCAAAGCACUUUAUUUCCUUAACCUAUCGCAUAAUGCCAUCUCAGGUUCAAUUCCUCCUGUUUUAGGGAAUUUGAAUCACCUUGAGUCAUUGGACUUGUCAGGGAACUACUUUAAUGGAACCAUACCGGCUUGCAGCCGACAACCGCGCCAUAAACCCCCAAGUGACACUUAA